AUGAAGGACAAUAUGGUAAUGUAUCAAAGUCUUAUCGUUGUGGUUAUGGUUGAUCUGGUGGGCUUAGCUAUCAUAGGUUUCAUAACGCGCUCGCCAAUCUCUUCAACCUUCGAAAAGACGGCUGAUGCAAUUGUUGAAACAUUUUUCAUGACCAAAGAGCGUAAUGCUGGCCCUAGUUCUUUAGAACUGAUAGUAGUAGGAGAUAUUGGAGGGCUGCCUUUUUAUCCAUACUAUACUCGUGCUCAGCGCAAAGUUGCGCAGACCAUGGCAAAAUGGGCAAAGGAACACAAUCUUCAUGGUGUUAUCAAUGCUGGGGAUAACAUGUAUUUUACUGGAGUAGAUAACGAAUACAGUUUUAGAUUCAGAAGAACUUUUGAGGAGAUUUACGACGACAUGGCAUUGAAUGUGACUUGGUUCACGAUCGCCGGCAAUCAUGAUCAUUUUGGAAAUAUUUCAGCACAGAUUGCGUAUACGAACCACAGCCAAAAAUGGUACUUUCCCUCGCUGUAUUACAAUAUGUCGUACAAGCUUGGAAAUACCACUGUAGACGUGCUAAUGAUCGAUACGAUCCAGCUUUGUGGAAACACCGCUAAUGUUAAGAAUGCUCGCAUAUGGGACAUAUUACGGCAACAUCCUCCCCUGGGUCCAGAGAACAAAACUUUGGCAGAUCAACAAUGGGCAUGGAUUGAUCGUACUAUGCAAGCAAGCACCGCUGACUACUUAUUCGUUGUUGGGCACUACCCAAUAUAUUCCGUAUCUUCACACGGACCAACUAAAUGUCUUGUGGACAACCUCAACCCUUUGCUGAAGGAAUAUCAUGCUUCAGCAUAUUUUUCUGGACACGAUCAUAAUUUGCAGCACUUCACCUCAAAGUCAAACACAGGUCAAGAUAUACAUUAUGUGGUCUCUGGUGCUGGUUCACGUUCUGACUAUUCCGACAGCCAUCGGAAUAAAAACUACGGGGCUGCUUUCCGGUAUCGAUACCCAAGCUCUCGGUUUAUCUCAAAUCCAUUUUCGCAGCUUGGAUUCUCCGAUGGUGGUUUUGUAUAUAUGAGCCUUACAAAAGCCUAUGCCAAUCUUACCUUCAUCACUGGGGCUGAUGUACAGAAGUAUCGCUUGUUUAUAUAUCCCAGAAACUUAACUUGGCUACGGAAACCUCGUUGAGAGUAUUUUCCCAUAUUUCAUGUUCUUACUUUUGUUUACUGCCAGUUUUCGAUCCCUUUUGAUGGCGUUAGUGAGAAAUGCUCAUGUAUUAGAUUAUCUAGACUCUGUUGUUUUGCAGUUAUUCGCUGUACAUCAUAACGAUGCUACCACAUCUUAAUUCUCCUCAUUGUGAUCUCAACCUUCCACUCUGCGUUUGCUCUUAGCAUUGCUCUUAGCCAUUUACUUCACUGU